GUUGAUCAUAUUAUUUAUUUUUUUACAAUAAAAUGGAAAGAAAAUGUUUUCUUUAUGCACGACAUACACUGACUAUUUAGGCGGCUUAAAAGUUUAUUUUAGUCCGGUGUUAUAUGCAAAUCAAAAACUUCAAGAUGCAUCCAAUAAUACUUAUAUAUCGUGUAAGCAAUGGAAAGGAUCCAUACAGGAAGAAAGGUUCAGAGAUAGGAGAUAUUCAAUUGAAGGCAACCUCUGAAACUUUUUCUCCAAAAAUGGUUGUGGAUUUUGUCGCUGGUCUUCUCGGAGGAGCUGCUGGUGUCCUUGUUGGUCAUCCUUUCGAUACUGUCAAAGUGCAUUUGCAAACCGACGAUCCCCGUAACCCCAAAUACAAAGGCACAUUCCACUGCUUUCGGACGAUAUUGCAAAAGGAGAAAUUUCGUGGAUUAUAUCGCGGAAUUAGCAGUCCCAUGGGUGGAAUCGGAUUGGUGAACGCCAUCGUUUUUGGGGUUUAUGGAAACGUUCAGCGAUUGUCCAAUGACCCCAAUUCGCUGACGUCACACUUUUUUGCGGGCUCCAUCGCUGGCGUAGCCCAAAGUUUCGUUUGCGCGCCAAUGGAAUUGGCAAAAACAAGACUUCAACUAUCCACGCAGAUCGACAGCGGAAUCAAAUUCACUGGACCGAUCCACUGCCUUAAACAUAUUUUGAAAACCGAAGGAAUACGGGCCACCUUUAAAGGACUAACAGCCACAAUCCUAAGAGACAUUCCGGGCUUUGCCGCCUACUUUGUGUCCUUCGAGUAUUUAAUGCGACAGGUUGAAACUCCAAGUGUGCUGUACACUUUAACAGCUGGAGGAUGUGCGGGCAUGUCUUCCUGGCUGGCAUGCUAUCCCAUCGACGUGGUCAAAACCCAUAUGCAAGCCGAUGCCCUGGGGAAGAACGCCAAAUACAAUGGAUUCAUCGACUGUGCAAUGAAAGGUUUUAAAAGCGAGGGCCCGCAAUAUUUUUUCCGCGGCCUAAACUCAACUUUAAUUCGAGCCUUUCCAAUGAACGCCGCCUGCUUCUUUGUGGUGUCCUGGGUCUUGGAUAUAUGUAAUGCCAAAACUGGAAUGGACUCCGUAGUAAACUCCGACCAGCAACUAACCCUUGUCCACUUGGACAACAAAACUCAAGCGGAUCUGGAGACAGCAUCGCCAACGGUUGAGGAAGUUGUGCGAAAGAUUAUCACGGACAAUGCAAUAGCCCAUCAGUGUGUGUCCACGCCUCAGGAUGUCGUUCACAAUCACUAUACAACAAGUAGUACAAUUAACAUAUCCAAAGAACCUAAAUCCCGUUUAGCAACCGAUUGUAAUUUAAAAUAAAGUUUAAAUUUUGCAAGUA